GGGACAGCGGGACUCAGCAACUCGCCGCCGCGGCGCUCGCCUCCCUCCCUCGUCGUCGACCCGCGCCGCGCGGGUAGGUGUCGGGGCACGGCUCCGCCUCCGCCGGCCCAGUGCCCGCAGCCAGCUUGCUCUGCAACUUCCUCUUGGUUCUCGUCUCCGGCCGCACAGUGAGUGCUCAAGAAUCCUAGAUCAGCCUCUGCUUGUUGGCAGGCCCCAACAUUGCAGACCCCCUCCAUCCUGUCCUGCUAUAAUGGUGAUUUGGAGUUGCUCUUCUUGUCACCGUGGAUUCAUUUCCAGAUUUGUGUGGAGGAGGCACUACCCGCUCUUGUCUCCUAGGUCUCCUGCACUGCCUCCUACCCAUUUCUUCUUCUCCUCCCCUCGACGAUCCACCAAGAGAUCUGCUGCAAUGGCGCCAAUGGACUCUGCUAGAGAGCCUUUCUAUGUCAUUCGUAAAGGGGCUGUGAUCGGCAUCUAUAAGACCCUCAAUGACUGCCAAGCCCAAGUUGGCAAUUCGGUAUGUGACCCUUCUGUCACUGUCUACAAAGGCUAUUCUCUGCGUAAAGAAACUGAGGAAUAUCUUGCUGCGCAUGGGUUAAGAAACGCUGUCUGUUCCAUUGAUGCUGCAGAUGCAAAAGAUGGAUUGUUUGAUGAUCUGGUUCCCUGCCCUUUUCAGCAACCUGAUGGAUCUGCAGAGUCUACAUUGAAAAGGUCAGAGGCGAUGGAAACUGGACCAUCAAAGCAUCAAGAAGUUGCUGAACCGGAACUGUUACCGGAUUGUGAUUUUUCAUGUAUUCUUGAAUUCGAUGGUGCUUGUAAAGGGAAUCCUGGGAAAUCAGGUGCUGGCGUCAUAAUUCGGCGGUUAGAUGGAUCUGUGAUUGCUCUACUGCGUGAGGGUUUGGGUAUUACAACCAACAACGCUGCUGAAUAUCGCGCAUUGAUCCUGGGGCUAGAUUAUGCUGCCAAGAAGGGAUUCAAGCAUAUUCGUGCUCAAGGUGAUUCUAAGCUUGUCUGUAACCAGGUUCAAGAUCUCUGGCGGUGUAGGAGUGAUAAUAUGGCUGUCUUGUGCAAGAAAGCUAAGGAACUCAAGGGAACAUUUCUUACAUUUCAAAUCAACCAUGUUUUGAGGGAAUUCAACUCGGAUGCUGAUGUUCAAGCCAACUUUGCAGUCGGACUUGCUGGUGCGACUAGUUCACCUGUGAAUUGCUUGCAACAGAUAGAGUGGCGAUGCAGUAUGAGUGUAUGGCACCUGAUUUGAUCUCUUUUCUCUACAGUUGAUGAAGUUCAAGAGCUGUCCGUCUGUUGAGCUCCCAUUGACAGACAAAACAAGACUUAAGAGUAGAUCGAUUUGGCGCCAAACUGCUGCUACCAGUUGACCCGCGUGAUUACAGCUGCAACUGAUAUUGGAUAUUCACAUAUGUAACAUUCUUUGGGGAUCAGUGUGGAAGUUGAACUGUCUGGCUGGGGAAAUGUUCUUCUGUGGCCUGCCAUGCCCUGGCAUAUGUGUGCACGACA